UGGGAGUUGAAGGCCAAAACAUCUGGGGACCCACAAGUCGAGAACCACUGCCUCAAGGGAGAAACUGUGGCAUUACCUCCGAAGUUAAAAAAUUGGAAAAACCAAACUCUUCCUUGAAAAGCUGUGAUUGUCUAGACAUGUGGGGGUUAAAUCUAGGGCAAAGGAGGGUAAAAAUAGAUGGGAGGGUCCAAUGUGAAAGGUUUGGAACCCCUCCCCUUAUAUAUAAAACAAAGACUCCGCCUCCAAUAUGUGGCAUUCAGUGUGUGUCCACACCAGGGUAGAAUUGGCACCAUGCUCUCCAGAUCAGCCAUGCACGUGCCACAUUAUGCCCCUUCCAUGUUCAGGGAGUUUGACAGAUGGAAGGGCUAUCUGAGCCUUGCGAAAGUGGUUACGGAGAUCAUCGCGGAACGCAAGAAGGUCCCAUUUCCAUCUCAGAGUUGGGACACAAUGGAGUACGACAUGCAGCUAGUCCUCAACGAGGACAACUUUGAAACAGCAUCACAAUGGGUUAAUGGAAGCAGUUCCAGCAGCAAGAGCUCCAAAGGUAGUGCCAAUGGCCAGGCUUCCCAAAACAAGGAGAUUUGCAAUUUCUGCAAACACAACGGGGAAUCCAAGCAGGUCUAUUCGUCCCACCGGCUGAAGGGGAUGGACGGCACCGUGGAGUGCCCCAUCUUGCGCAAAUACACCUGUCCGCUCUGCGGUGCCACGGGCGAAAAGGCCCAUACUUUAAAAUACUGCCCACUGAGCCAAGGGAAGAGGUCGCUGUAUCGCAAGUGCGGAUGUAACUCGGCUGGACGCAAGGUGAGGAGAUAAGAAGAUCAGGAGAAGACCGAAGCAUUUAUUCUUAGUUUUAGUUUGACUUUGUAAAAGAACAACAUUUGAUUUCGAGCAUCAUUAACACUCUUUACAUUUCCUCCCACUUUGUUUCAGGUUUGGAGAAUGGAAGCCCAAUUCUCUUAGACUACAUUUGUGAGUCCAGAAAUGUUUUUUUAUGUAUAUUGUUGCCUUCUUUCACAUUUGUUGUACCUAGGUUAAUUAUAUUGUGUUUCUUUUAGAUGUGUCAGUUGCCUAGUGUGAUGACUCAUGGGCCCUGCAGUCCUAUUCCUGACAGUAUUGUGGCAGAUGAGGAGGAAAAUAUGGAGUUUUCCCCAGAUUUCCGGUCGGAGUCAGAGCCUUGGCAGCUGCCUGAAGUUCUAGUCCAAGAACCAAUUAAACCUGACCUUGGUGGGAACUCUCCCCCUUAUGGGAGAAAACAGGCUUACACGACUGAUAGAGGAUCGAGAGAAAAAUUUAGAAGUAGUGCUCGCCUUGCUGCCAAAUAUGCCACUGAUUAGAAGUAUUUCCCCUGAGAAAAUACGGGGAGUCUUGCACCUGCAAGCUGGUUUCCUUCGCUCCCUGUUCUCUAGGGAAAGUGAUUGUUGUUUGGGGAAACGAGACCCAAUAUAGGGAAAUUGCGCGAAGGAUUCCUUGCGGAGUCAAUUCGUCAGCUCCUGGAGAGAGGUCAUGUGUGUGUGGACUUCGAAUCCUGUUCCUUGCCUCCUGAAUCUAGUUCCAAGCCUUGUCCUCGUCUCACGGAUUUACCACAGAUCUUGUUCCAUGCUUCAAGUUGCUUUGCCUUUAGCCACAGCUCCAGCCACGUUCCAAGUAACUUUCAGCCUUGUGUCAAGCUUCAUUGGAUUCAAGACUUUUUCUGUUUUCCCAACGCUUUGCUUGGCAAAGCGUGUGUUGCGGUUAUUGGAUUAUAAUCUUUGGACUCUAAUAUUUCAUAUUGGACAAUAAUCUGCUGGACUAUAUUUGGCCUCAUUUGAAAGGUCUGCUUCUGAACUUUAUUCUACACUUGUUUUUAUUGACUUUAUAUAUUCCUUUAAUAAAGAUAUUAGAUAGAA